AUGGAAGCCCAAUAUAUGGAAAUAAUGGAGAAUGAGAAUGAAGUAUACAACAUCACCGAAAGGUACCAACCAUACACUAGAAACCAAAACGACGUAAGGGCCCGAUUGGAAUGGAAUGGACAUUUGAGAAACUAUCUUGAAAAAGAGUUUGAUGAAAUACUAGAAGAAGAUGUGGAAGAUAUGGAGAGGUACUACACAGAAGAUAUGGAUAGGGAAGAAGUAACAUUUCCCGAGGAACUACUGAGCCCCGCUGCUUACCUAUCUCAGAUUGAGGAACUACCCAUGGUAAUCACCGAACAUGAAGAAACUGUGACGAUGGAAGGGAUUGAACAGAUCAAAGUAAGUAAGAAGUUAGAUCCCGAAGAAUGA